AGACAAACUGUCUUGCUAUCGUUGUGGGAGCACGUCUCACAAAGCUAAUUUUGCCGGUUGUCCCGCACGCAGCCUCAAAUGUAAAAACUGUGGUAAAAUUGGACACUAUGCCCGCUGUUGUCGAUCGCAGGCUGUCGCGCUCAUUAAAGAUGAUGAUACACCGGAAUGCCAUGUUACCGAUCCAACUCAAGACAAUAUCUAUUCAAUCACCGCUGACUCCAUACCUUCAGGUUGUGUAACCAUAUCCGUUGUUGAACCGAAGUUUCCCGCUGCUGACAUUCGUACUGUAUUGUUCCUUACUGUUAAAGGUGCUGUUCCAUUGGAAAUGGAACUUGAUUCUGCUUCUCCAGUCACUAUCG